UCAUCAUGGCGGACAGUCGCAGAGGAACAGUUUGUUAACUGUGAUAAUGAUUUUGAGGUCAUAAGAUUACCAUCAGAAAAAUGAAAGUUCGACUAUCUCUAAGGGCCUACGCCAAAAUUCUCCUACAUACCGCUAAAUACCCACACAAAGCCGUGAACGGAGUUCUUCUAGGCGUGGAAAACCCCAAAGAUGGUGAAAUUUAUGCGCUCGAUGCUAUUCCUUUGUUUCAUAUUACCCUUGGAUUGGCGCCUAUGCUGGAAGUGGCCUUGGCGAGGGUUGAUAUUCACUGUAAAAAGAAUGAGUUACAGAUAGUUGGUUAUUAUCAAGCUAAUGAACAUAUUAAUGACAAUAGUCCUAAUGCAAUAUGUUACAAGAUUGGAGAGAAAAUAUGUGAUCAGUUUAACAAUGGUUUUAUGCUAAUGGUAGAUAAUACAAAGCUGACAGUACCAUGUAAAGAAAUAGCUUGUAAGUGUUAUGUGGUCCAAGACAAUAAAUGGAAGCAAAGUGACAAAGAUUUAUUGCUUGAAGGUGAAGAUUCACUGCAACUCACCACUGAACUUCUAGAAGGAAAAGUGUAUCAGAGUCUCAUAGAUUUUGACAAUCACCUUGAUGACAUCACACAAGAUUGGCUUAACAAAGAUAUCAAUAAAGUAGUUGAUAUAUCACCCACAGCUUGAAUUUAUUGCCUAGUUUUGUUGAUAUUUUCUGAAUCAAUGACAAGAGUUACUUAAGUCUCUUUAAUGUGACAGUAAUAUAUAAUCCUGAGCAGUUCUUUGUUCUUAUGUAUGUUGUUUCUCAAAAUGCAUUUUUUUAAAUUUACAUACAAACCCUACUGAACUUAAAUAUUCUCAAUUGAUGAAGGCAAAAUUUGGUUUUAUCAACUGAGUUGAUAAUAAAAAAAGUUUCUCAGCUGGAAGUUUCAAGCAGUAGGCCUUCGUCAGAGAAUUUCAGCAUCUUUAACUCUGACAAAGGGCUCAUAAGCCUGGAAACAUCAGCAUAGAAACUCUUUUCUUUACAGUGGCUAAGUGACAUUAUCAAAACUCAGUUGAUAAAACCAAUUUAUCUUGCUAUUCCUCCACCAGUGCAACAACACAGUUUCUUUAGAAACUUGUCCCCCCUGGAGUAUUCUUAAUUGCAUAUAUAAACAGUAGUAUGUCUCUUAACUAUUUUUGAAAUCAUAUAUUGUAACUAGAAAUGUAAGUUUGUGAAAGACUUGAGGUCCUCUGCGGGGAAGUGUGAACUUUGUAGGAGUGGAAAUCAAUGUGAAACUGAAAAUUGCUCAGAGACAAACCCAAUUUCACUGAAUUAGUAUUCCAACAACAACAGAAAAAGACAUCACAGUGAGACUCCAAGAUCAAGCUUAUAUAACCUGGUCUGUUUUAUGAAGCCUUACAGCUGUAAAUAUGUAUGUUAACAAUACUUAUGAAAACAUAGUCAGGACCCCUUUUAUCUGUGGAAAAAAGUUGAACUUUUUUUUUUAAACUCCUCACAAGAGGACCUCAUGAACUGUAUUUCACAAAAGUCAUUGGAAUGAAUGUCUGUCAAAGUGUGAAAAAUUAAACUGAACUGGAAAUUUUAACACCUUUAUUCUGUGGACUCUAAUGCAAGGUAAAGGUGUUAUGUGUCAAAAAUUCAUCAUUGGUGUUAAUCGUUCUGUUUUGAACAGGAUAAUUAAUUAGACUUGAUCUAUUUAAAUGGAAAGCUUACUCUUGUUUCAUAUGUUUAUCUUUGGUUAAUAUUCUUAUCAUUGGUUACUCCUAUUCAAUUCAAGCUUGUGAAUUAAGGUACACAGAAAUUGGAGAAAUUUAUGUUAAAGGAGAAUCAUUGUCACAAUCAUAGGCAAAGAUAUUAUUAUCUUUGAGCAAUAGGGGUGAUAAUUGGAAAGAAAAAAUAUCAAAUGUACAUGUAUACAUUAUGUGUUGUGUGAUAUAUUUUGCCUCCACAUCAUAACACCUGACCUUUAUAUGUAAUGUGGUUGUAAUAACUAGGUCCUUUCAAUUUUAGUAACAGUGAUGUAAAACAUUAGGCAUUAAAAGUCUUUUCUGCUAUCA